GCACUGGGGAAGCGCUACGAGGGAAAAAGUACUUACAAGACGGGUUAGGAGCCCAGAGGAUUUUUCGAGAAGGAGACAUUUACUUGUGCAGGAUUUUGGAAGACGAGCUACCUACCUCCCGUCGUCCGUCUUUGGUCAGCCAAGGGGGAGACAGGCUACCGCCCCUCUAGCCCGAGAGGCCGCGCAGCGACCGCGACUCCGCGACUGCGCGCGACCGCGGACGCCUUCAAGCCUGCCCCUUCCGGCCGACCGUUGCGGGGCGUGGCGGUGCUGGCAAGAUGGCGGCGUCCGAGAAAAUGAUGUUUCCGGAGAAGCUAAGCCACAAAAAGUACAGGGCCGCCCUGAAGAAGGAGAAACGAAAGAAACGUCGGCAGGAACUCGCUCGACUGAGAGACUCAGUAAACACUGUUGUACUACAUGGUCUGCAGUUGGUUGAAUCCAAGGAUGCAGAACCACAGAUACAGAGGAAUCAUGGAUGUGGAGAGCCGACUCUAAGUUAUACAUGGAUUUUCAACUGCGUGGAGGGCCAGUGCCCAUUAACCACUGCAUUGUUCAAGGGUCAGCUGUAUGGUGAUUAUCUAGGACUGGGACUCUCACAGAAGGAGGAGGAGGAGACAGUGGCGGAUGCCUUUAUUGAAGAACAACGACGAGAAGAAGAGAGGCUGCUGGAGAGAGAGAGGCAAAAAUUACAUGAGGAGUGGUUGCUGCGGGAACAGAAGGCGCAAGAAGAAUUCAGAAUAAAGAAGGAAAAGGAAGAGGCAGCUAGAAAACGGCAGGAAGAGCAAGAGAGAAAGUUAAAGGAAGAAUGGGAAGAACAGCAGAGAAAAGAGAGAGAAGAAGAGCAGCAGAAGCUACAGGAGAAGAAGGAAAGAGAGGAAGCUGUGCAGAAGAUGCUGGAGCAGGCUGAAAAUGAGUUGGAAAAUGGCACCACAUGGCAAAACCCAGAACCACCCAUGGAAUUGAGGAUAAUGGAAAAAGAUCGAGCUAAUUGUCCAUUCUACAGUAAAACAGGAGCUUGCAGAUUCGGAGAUAGGUGUUCACGUAAACACAAUUUCCCGGCAUCAAGUCCCACCCUUCUUAUUAAAAGCAUGUUUACGACAUUUGGGAUGGAGCAGUGCAGAAGGGACGACUAUGACCCCGACGCAAGUCUGGAGUACAGCGAAGAGGAAACCUACCAGCAGUUCCUGGACUUCUAUGACGACGUGCUCCCCGAGUUCAAGAACGUGGGGAAAGUGAUACAGUUCAAGGUCAGCUGCAACUUGGAACCUCAUCUGAGGGGCAAUGUGUAUGUUCAAUAUCAAUCGGAAGAAGAAUGCCAAGCAGCCUUUUCUCUGUUUAAUGGACGGUGGUACGCGGGAAGACAGCUUCAGUGCGAAUUCUGCCCAGUGACCCGAUGGAAAAUGGCAAUUUGUGGUUUAUUUGAAAUACAGCAGUGUCCAAGAGGGAAACACUGCAACUUUCUUCACGUGUUCAGAAAUCCCAACAAUGAAUUUUGGGAAGCGAAUCGAGACAUGUACCUGUCUCCGGAUCGGACUGGCUCCUGCUUCAGUAAGAACUCAGAGAGGAGAGAGCGGCCGGGCCGCCACGACGACUACUACAGUAGGCCGCGGAGGAGGAGGAGCCCCGGGCCGGCCCACUCCUACAAGAGGAACGGGAUGGCCGAGAGGAGGAGGAGGAGGAGCCACGGGGGCAAGAAAUCCCACAAGCACGCGUCCAAAAGCCGGGAGAGGCACAGUUCCCGAAGCAGAGGAAGAAAAAGGGGCCGCAGCCGUGGCCGGGGCAGCCGCAGCCGCCGCAGCCACAGCCGGAGCUCCUCCAGGUCCAGGAGCCGCGGCAGGAGGACGUCGGGGAGCCGAGACUGAACUCUGCAUAGCCCCAAAUCCAAAUAAACUUACCAUGUCCUUCAGUGA